GGAUUAUCAAAUUGCAUCAAUUCGGUAGACUAACCUUUGCUGUCUAACAGUGUCUAACAGAGGAUUACCUGUCAGAUCUGACUUUUCCUCUCCUUCUUUACUCUUUGUUUCAAUUUUUCGGUUUAUAACACUGGUAACCUUUUUAUCUUUAUUGACAACUCCUUCAAAAUACAUCGCCCUUCAUAAUCAAUGCAUGUCAAUAGCUCAUCAAGCACUAGUGUUGGACUAAGCAGUGGUGGAAAUGAUAAAAGUGGAUCUGCCAGUGAUUCUGGACCAGCCAAUGGUUUGUUAUAUCUAGCCUUUAAUCAAGAUCAAACAUGCUUUGCAUGUGGGAUGACCAAUGGUUAUCGUGUCUACUCAACCGAUCCCCUUAAAGAACAAAAAAAAUUGACACCUAAAGAAGGUGGUUUCAGUAUUGUUGAGCUUUUCCUUCGGUCUAACUAUGUUGCUCUUGUUGGCGGUGGAAGUAAACCCAUGUAUCCAAGUAAUGAGGUUGUCAUUUGGGAUGAUUUGAAGAACAAAUCAGUCAGCCAUCUCAAAUUUUCAAGUGAUGUAAAAGCUGUUAAAUUACGUCGAGAUCGGAUUAUAGUUGUUCUUGAAACUCUUAUCAAGGUUUACACUUUUAGUCCUGGAUCACAAGAAAAAAAUGUCUUUGAAACUUGUUCCAAUCCUAAAGGUAUAUGUGCCGUCUGUCCACAAGAUAACAAUUCAUUAUUAGCAUUUCCAGCUCGUAAAGUUGGACACAUUAGUUUGGUAGAUUUUAUAAACAUUGAUAAACCUCAUAUUGACAUAGCUGCUCACAAAACUCCAUUAAACUGUAUGGCAUUAAAUUUACCAGGAACAAGACUCGCUACAGCAUCUGAAAAAGGAACGUUAAUAAGAAUUUUUGAUACUUCAAAUGGAACCAUGUUAAAUGAGCUGAGAAGAGGUGCCAAUCAAGCAACUAUUUAUUGCAUUAACUUCAACUUCAAUGCUACUCUUUUGUGUGUCUCGAGUGACCACAGUACUGUCCAUAUUUUUGCUGUUGAUGAUCCCAAGAAAAACAGACAAUCAGGAUUAUCAUCAGCGUCAUUUUUAUCCAAUUAUUUUAGCUCAAAUUGGAGUUUCUCUAAGUUUUCUGUGCCAGUUGGAUCAAAAUGUAUAUGUGGUUUCGGAGCUGAUCCAAACUCCGUGAUAGCCAUUUGCUCUGAUGGGAGUUAUUACAAAUUCAUUUUUAAUACGAAAGGAGAAUGUACAAGAGAUAGAUACGCACAAUUUUUAGAAUCAAAUGAAGAUGUUCCAUCAUAGCUUACUACUUACUCUAAUCACACUUUUCUGACUCCUUUCUAAAUCAAUAAUUGUAAUCAUUGUUAUCGUCAAAUAUUUUGUUACAUUCACGGUAAUCAAACUGGAAAUUUAAAUCAAUUAAUGAAAAUGUCAAUCAACCUGAAUAAACCCGCCUCUUAUCAUUGA